UUACAAGCAUGAGCCACUAAGCUCCACCAGAUUCUCUUCUUAAGAUCAAGUCCAAACUCCUUAAAAUUGCUUGCUUAUAAAGUCACUGGCAACCUGCCUCCUAUGUUCUCAUUUCUUCUUUUAUCACUUGCUCUCCCACAUUCUGCCUUCCAGCUAUAUUUAACUUAUUUAAUUUUCCUAAGAGAUGGUGCAUUGUCUGUCUUCUGGCCACAGCCCAUGCUGUUCUUCCUGUUUGUUGUUCUCUUCUUAUUAAACAAUAAGAAUGUUCAUAAUGUUCUCAGAUGGCCUCAAUUUCCAUGUACCUCUCUCUUUGGCUAUCCAAACAAAGUCAUUGUUCAGGUUGUUUGCUCAGAGUUCAUCUCAAAGCUUGGCAAGCUGAGCGGAGGUUUUACAUCUCAAGAGGAACUGAGUGCUGCAGAGCAUGGAACAUACCGAAGAGACCAGCAAUCUUGCACCCUCACCUCACAGCACGGAGAGAGGAGACCAAGCUGGGAAAACCAGGAAUAAGAAAGUUCUCAACUGCUUAUACAAAAAUCCUGAGGCCAUUUUUAAGCUGAUAUGCUUUCCUUGGGCGGGAGGUGGCUCCAUUCAUUUUGCCAAAUGGGGCCAAGACACUCAAGAUAUUCUGGAAGUGCACGCCGUAAGGCUUCCUGGAAGAGAAAGCCGAAUUGGAGAACCUAUGGCAACUGACAUCUACCAGAUAAUUGACGAAAUUACUUGUGCCAUGCUGCCAGUCAUCCAGGGUAAACCAUUUGCAUUUUUUGGCCACAGCAUGGGAGGCUACAUUGCUUUUAAGACUGCACUACACCUAAAAGAAAAGCAUAAUCUAGAACCAUUGCAUUUAUUUUUGUCAAGUGCCUUUUCUCCACAUUCAAAGGUCCACAUUGAAAUUCCCAAAGAUGGUGGAUUGUCAGAAGAACAAAUUUGUCGUUACCUUGUGGAUCUUGGAGGCACCCCCAUGAAUUUUGUUGAAGACAAGGAACUUGUGCAACAAUGUAUGCCCACUAUGAUGGUAGAUGUGAACAUUAUUAGUAAAUGCAUCUCUGAGAGUCCAUCUAAGACUAUUCUUUCUUGUGACUUAACAUGUUUUUUUGGAUCUGAAGACAUCGACCUAGUAAAGGACACUGAAGUCUGGAAAAAUGUAAGCACUGGAAGUGUAAGCUUCCACGAGCUUCCAGGAAAUCACUUUUAUUUUAAGAAUCCUGCCAACGAGAAGUUCAUCAAGAACUACAUAACCAAGUGUCUAGAAGUAUCAUCGCUCGCCAAUUUUUAGAUAUUUUUCCUUUCACUUUUAAAAUAAUCAAAGUGAUAUGAUAUUCUUCUCAGUUAUUCAGAUGCGACUCAUUUUAUUCCAAUAUUAGAAAUUAUACAUUUUCUACUGUCAGGGAGAUUCAUUAUAUAAAUAUAUGUAUGUAUCUAGGGACAAAGGUCAAGCCACUAAAGAAUACUUCUGGUAGAGUCUUUUAUCUUCGUAUUAAAAUCUCACUUGAUUCUGCUUUAUUGGAAAUUUGUCAACAAAAUUCAUGAUUGGUAAAUUAUCCAUUUUUUCCUUCAAUUAGUUUAAUGGGAUAGAUGAUUAAGGGGAAAUGCUUGAAGUAAAAUCUCAUCUUUUCAAAUGUAGAAUAGCCCCAUUUAAUAAGAAAACGCAAUCUACUGCUUUGUUAAAAGAAGAUAGCCCUAAACGAGUCUUGCCACUUUUACAGGCAAGU